AUCUAUGUGUUCACUCUGCUGGACCAUUUUGCUGCUGGGACAUCCAUUCUCUUUGGAGUGCUUAUUGAGGCCAUCGGCAUCGCCUGGUUCUACGGAGUGGACCGGUUCAGUGACGACAUCGAGGAGAUGAUCGGACAGAGACCAGGCCUGUACUGGAGACUGUGCUGGAAGUUUGUCAGCCCCUGCUUCCUCCUGUUCAUGGUGGUGGUGAGCUUCGCGACCUUUAACCCUCCUAACUACGGCACGUACACGUUUCCCAUAUGGGCCAACAUGAUUGGCUGGUGCUUGGCCAUAUCCUCCAUGACCAUGGUGCCUCUCUAUGCCAUCUACAAGAUGUGCACCUUACCUGGAAAGUUCUGUGAUAGACUGGCCUACGCCAUAACGCCUGAGCACGAACACCACCUGGUGGAUAACGGAGAAGUUAGGAGGUUUACGCUCCAACACUGGAUGGUGAUCUGAGCCCAGGAAGAAGACAGGGGUCUGUUCACAUGGAGGAUGGAUGGAGGGAGG